AGCGGAGCAAACACUUCGCUUCCCCACAGACACACACAGGGAGAGAGACAGACAGACAGACUCAAGGAGACAGACAUACACAGGGAGAGACAGACACACAGGGACAGACACACAGGGAGAGAGACACACAGGGAGACAGACACACACGGGGAGAGAGAGAGACACGGGAACCCAGGCGUCGGCGUCGUCUGCUCUAUCGCACGCGUGCGUACACGGAACGCCGGGGUGGUGGUGGUGGUGGUAGUGGUUGUGGUGGUUGUGGUGGUGGUGGUGGUGGUAGUGGUUGUGGUGGUUGUGGUGGUGGUGGUGGUAGUGGUGGUGGUGGUUGAGGUGGGUGGUUGUGGUGGUGGUGGUUGUGGUGGUGGUGAGAAGACGCCAGCACGGCUCUGUGAGCUCCGUCCUGGGGAUCUCGGUGAAAUCUGCCCCGCCGUGUUUAAUAUACACACACAGAGAGACACAGAGAGACACAGAGACACACACACAGAGAGACACAGAGACACACACACACACACAGAGACACAGAGACACACACACAGAGAGACACAGAGAGACACAGAGACACACACACAGAGAGACACAGAGACACACACACACAGAGACACAGAGACACACACACAGAGAGACACAGAGAGACACAGAGACACACACACAGAGAGACACAGAGACACACACACAGAGAGACACAGAGACACACAGAGACACACACACAGAGAGACACAGAGACACACACACAGAGAGACACAGAGAGACACAGAGACACACACACAGAGAGACACAGAGACACACACAGAGAGACACAGAGACACACAGAGACACACACACAGAGAGACACAGAGACACACACACAGAGAGACACAGAGACACACACACAGAGAGACACAGAGACACACACACAGAGAGACACAGAGACACACAGAGACACACACACAGAGAGACACAGAGACACACACACAGAGAGACACAGAGAGACACAGAGACACACACACACAGAGACACAGAGACACACACACAGAGAGACACACACAGAGAGACACAGACACACACAGACACACAGAGAGACACACACAGACACACACAGAGAGAUAUUAUAUCAUAAAUAGGUUCCUCUUGAAAAAAUUAAAACGUCGAGAUUUAAUAUUUUAUUAUUUUAUUUGGUAUUCGCUGCCGCGUCCGCGUGUGGAUUUCCGGCAGCACGUGUCUCGGCGAGGGUGGAGGGGAGAUCGCUCACGGUCUACCCAGCCUCAAAUGAGUUACCUGGGUUGCGUUACGUGUAAAACAUCGCCACUGGGGGAGACAAAGGCGGCCGGGCGUGGUUGCUGGCCACCCAGCCCCCUCGUGGUGUCGUGCCGACCUUAAUAGAUGUGCCUCACGCGCUCGCUGCACCCGCUGCCAGCCGGCCCCUCUCGGUAGUGUGGCCGCUCCGCCAGUGCCCCCCCCCCACGCUGGUGUUUUAUUUUUUUUGGGAGCUAUGAACCGGCGAGCCCGUGGCGAUCCCAGCCAGCCGAUCCCACGCCGUGCGUCCGCGAGCCGUCGCCGGCACGUGGUGAAGUAACGUCUGGGAAACACAAGGAAUCGUCUGCAUCGCCUCAGACUGCAAGAUUUGUUUCCAGCUCUGCCUCUUGCCGUGAGAGGCGAUGGGGAACCAGGAGAGCCAGCAGCAGCACGGCCUGCCCAACGGCCACCGGCCCGGCCCCGCUUCAACCUCGCGCUCCCCGACCAAGUCGCGCGCCCUCUCUCUGCGCGGGCGCAGCAAGGACUACGGCCCCUACGCGCCGCCGGGCCCCGCGGGCUCCGAGUCGCGUCCCGCCGGCGGACGCGCCGCUCGGCCCGGGCGCGCGUCGAGCCGCAAGGCCGCGCCGGCGCCCGUGACCGCGGACGCGAACGCGGAGAGUUGGCGAGGCAGCAGCGCAGCCGACCUGGACUCGGAGCCGAGCACGGUCAACGGCUUCGCCACGGACGAGGGCGGAGCGGGCGGCAGCCGGAGCACGCUCAACUCCGGCAGCGAGCACUCGGGCGAAGCGACGGUGACGACGCUGUCGUCCUCCCGCGGCGCGCUCUUCCGUGCCCAUCAGCAGCGCAGCAGCCCCAAGAUCCUGUUCCGCAAGGACACCAGGGAUCGCAACGGCGUGCGCGUCGAGUUUCACGUCGACACGCCGGGCGAGGAGUCGGCGGCCGCGGCGGGAGCAAUGAGCGGCCCGGCCGCCGCCGCUCAGAGACGCGAGAAACGCGAGUUCUACCUCCGGGAGAACGGGCGCGUGCCGGACCUGCUAGUGUCGCGACGCGGCUAUCGGCAGCCGCUACGGCCCAGCAGCGGCUGCCCGAAGGAGGGAGCGUCGCAGGGUGGCGGGACGGACGGUUGCGGCUCGCAGGCCGGAGCGUCGUCGCAGGGCGGCGGCCCCGGCAGCCCCGUGUGGAAGCCGCUGGGCCUCCGCAGCGUCCCAGACGUGUCGUCGCGCCGCGUGGCCGCCCCCCCCCGGGAGGCGACGUGCCACCGGGACUUGUCGAAGUCGCUGGGCUUGAUAAUCGGCCGGGGCGAGGAAGAGAACGACAAUCCCGGCGCUGGCGCGGCGAACGGCUACGAGGGCUACGCUUCCCAAACGCUGCCGCGGCUCAAGCCCGGCCGGACCCCUGCUGCUGGGGUCUCCUGGGCCGAUUUGGAGAUCGGUGACCCCAAGCCAAUCGGCUACGUCGGGAGCUUAGACAGGCGGAAAACUAAAAAGAAGGUCCCCGUCGAGGUGCAAGUGGAAGGCAGCGACGGCGCCGACAGCGGAAUCGCUCGCACCACCGACUCGGAGCUGCCCUGCGACCCCUCGCCCCUGCCGCCUGACCUGGGUUGGCCCUGCGACCCAGGAUUCCAGCCGCUGACCAUCCAGCGCAGCGCCACGUGGUGCCAUCCGCAGGACUCCCAGCAUGGCUCCGAGUCCCACCGGGCGCCGGACGACGCGGAGCAGACGUCCGUCUACGAGAACUACAUGCACGGCUGGCGGUCGGGCGGCGUCGGCGUGACCAGGGCGCCGUUCGCGAGCCUCGCCGACGGCGACGCCAUGGCCGGCGGCGGCGGCGCCGGCGGCUCCGGCGUCGGCGGCGGCGUCGGCGGCGGGGGCAGCAGCAGCGCGGACGGAAGCGAGGACCCGCGCGACCCCACGGGGAGCGAGUCGCUGGGCUCGGCAGCCCUGCUGCUGGACAGCACCGCGCGGCUCUCGGCGGCGCAGUUCCAGGUGCGCAAGGCCGGCUGGCUCAGGGCCAAGCACCUGUUCUGCCGCAAGGGCAAGAAAAUCGAGCCGGCGCUUCGACGCAAAUGGAGGAGAUACUGGGUGGCGCUCAGAGGCUGCAGCCUGCUGUUCUCGGAGGCGGCCGGGCAGACGGGCUCGGAGCAGGACCCCGAGCCGAAGCGAUCGCUCGCCGUGGAGGGCGCGCUGGUGCAGGCGCUGCCUGAGCACCCCAAGCGGGACUUCAUCUUCUGCCUCAGCAACGCGCACGGGGAGGUCUUCUGCUUCCAGGCCGAGAGCCAGAUCGAGCUGGAGAACUGGGUAACGGCCGUCCACUCGGCCUGCGCCUGGGCGCUCGCUGGCCGGAGCUGCAGAGGUGGCCGCGGCGCCAGCGGUUCGGGCAUCGGCGUGGACCCAGCGCAGGCGCUGACCUCCGAGGUGCGGGACCUCGAGCACCGCAUCGACCUCGACGAGAAGAUGCGGAAGAUGGCCGAGCUGCAGCUGCUCACCGUCUCGGAGCCCAAGAGCCGUAAGGCCAUCCUUGCACAGGUGUCGCAGUGGGAGCGCAACCUGGAGAGGUACAGCGUGGACGCGUUCCGCUUGCGCUGCUACCUGGCCAGCCUGCAGGGUCGCGAGCCGCCAAACCCCAAGCUGGUGCUGGCCUACGUGAGCCGGCCCGUCAAGCACGCCAUGCACCGCCUCGGCAUGUUCUCCGCCUCCUCCUUCCACGCGCUGGUGUGCGCGCGGGAGGAGACGGGCUUUAGGAAGCGCACAUUCUCGCGGGGGCUGAGCAAGAAGAAGAGCGUGUUCGCGUCGCUGCGCGGCCUCGAUGGCUCCGGCAAGAAGCCCGGCAAGGAGCGACCCAGAGCCUCGCAGAUCUUCAGGGACGACGGGGUGACGUCCCAGAUUUCGUACGGGGCGAAUGCCGAGGCUCGUGACGACGCGGAGGAUUGGGCGGACGGGGAGCCCUCGGAGCGGCGCAGCGGCUGCAGCCCGUCGCUGGACGGCGCACUCUGCCGCCACGACCUGGGCACGUGGGAGGAGGUGUCGCUGCCCGGUGACGGUGGCGGUGGCGGCGGCGGCGGCACCGUCGUCAGCAUCCUAGUGCUGCCGCUCUACCGCAACCACGACGUGCUGCUCACCGCCUGCAAGAAAAAGGGGCUGGACCCGUCUCGACACACCCUGUGCAUGCGCUCCGAGGACGGGAACGCCUUCUACCCCGAUCCAGACGAUUGCAUCCUGCACGAGUUCUACAGUAAAAUUGAAGUUCAGGCCAAGGGUGAUGCAAGCCCUUCUGCAGUCGACGGGGCUGGCAGCUGUGGAGACGAUGCUGUGGAUGGAGCCUGUCUUGGUAGGCCGCCAGAUGGAGGGGCGACGUCCCAAGCGAGCGUCGAGACAGCGGCCGUGUUCUGCCGAUCGGCGAUGGAGCCGGCCGAGGUUGCGGCGCGACCGCUGUCGCGCCAGCUGACGGAGGCCGACAAACUGCGCAAGGUCAUCCUGGAGCUGGUGGAGACUGAGAGGUCCUACGUGAAGGAUCUCUGCACUUUGCAAGAUAUAUACGUGGAGCCGCUGCAGAAAGAAGCCUUUCUCUCGCCAGAUCAGCUGGAGGCCCUGUUCGGGACCCUACGGGAGCUGGUGAUCUUCCAGAAGGAGUUCCUGCAGACGCUGGAGCAAGGCCUGAGCCUCGCGCCUGACUUUGAGACACUGGAGCAGCCCGCCCACUUUCGGCGCGUCCUCUUCUCGCUCGGAGGAUCGUUCCUCUACUACUCGGAUCACUUCAAGCUGUACAGCGCCUACUGCGCCAGCCACCCCAAGGCACAGAAGCUGCUCGAGACGGCCAAGCGGGACCCGGCGUUCGGCGCCUUCCUCGACGAGCGCAACCCUCGCCGGCAACACUCGUCCACGCUGGAGUCGUACCUCAUCAAGCCCAUCCAGCGCGUGCUCAAGUACCCCUUGCUGCUGCGCGAACUCGUCUCGCUCACGGACGCUGACAGCGAGGAGAACUACCACCUCACGGAGGCGCUGCGAGCGAUGAACAAGGUGGCGAGCCACAUCAACGAGAUGCAGAAGGUGUACGAGGAGUACGGCGCAGUCUUCGACCAGCUUGUCGUAGAGCAGACAGGAGCCCACAAGGAGGUAACGGAGUUGUCCAUGGGCGACCUGGUCAUGAAUGCCCCCGUGCUCUGGCUCAACCCUCACCCGGCCGCCGUGAGCAGGAGCAAGAAGUGGCCGGAGGCGCACUUGUUUGUGUUCAAGAAGGCGGUCGUCCUCAUAUGCAAAGAACAUUCUAAGCACAAGAAGAAGGAGGAACCCGACCCGUUCAAGUUCAAGUACAUGAUUCCCCAGACUUCUCUUCAAGUCAGGACCGGCACUGACACAGACUCUGAGGCCGGAGCAGAAUGGGAACUCGUCCACGUGAAGUCUGAGACCGAGGGCCGGCCCGAGACCGUGUUCAGGGUCUGCUGCAGCGACGCGGAGUGGAGGGAGCGCAUGGUGCGGGUGGUGCGUGCGGUGCUGCGCGAGGGCUCCCGCCAGCGGCUCUGCAAGGCGGCCAGCGUCCCCGCCAAGUCGCCGGGCUACCUGCCCUUCGGCGGACGGCGCCUGUCCGCUCUCAAGGCGCGACGGCUCCGUGCCGGAGCAGAUGCGCGCCGUCUCAGCCGCUACGCGAGCGACGGCCUCUGCUGCGAUGACCCGGACGACGACUUCAACGGCAGCGCCAGCGGCAUCGGCGAAAGCGGAGGCCGCGUCGGUGCCGCUGGCGGCGGCGGCGGAGGAGGAGGAGGAGGAUCCGGCGGCGGUGGCCGGGGCCCGUCGUGGCGCCGGACGCGCGGCAGCGUCGGGCGUGCUCACGCCAUCGAGUUCCGCUCGGAGCCGGAGUUGGCGGCGCGAUCGUCGCGACCCCGCCGAGAAGACGGGGGCAGCGUGCGCGAGACGGACAUCCUGAGCAGCGACGAAGACGACGACGACGACGAUCGGCGGGGACGGGGCGGCGUGGGCGGCGGCGGCGGGGGCGGCGCGGGCGAGCUGUGCGGUGGGCGCAGCACGGCCAAGUCCGUGGAGAUUCUCGCAAUGUCGGACGACCGCUACGCCGUGGCCACGGAGCCCGGCCGGCUGGCGUCGCAGGUCCACGAGCGGUCGGUGUCCCCCGCGAGGUCGGACGGGGCAGCGCCGGCGCUGCGUCCGCUCCGGCAACAGAAGAUCAUCUUCGACGCCGUCGGAGGCCACGACGAGGGAGGCGGAGGCGUUGGCGGAGGCGGCGGCGGCGUCGGCGGUGGCGGAAGAGUCGGGCCGCGGGGCUCGCCGCUUCGCCGCAACGCGAGUGACCAGUCGCUGAACUCGUUGCUCAGCGAGAUGGGAAUCUACGAGGGGCUCAGCGGCUCCGACACCGAGUGAGAACAUUACGCGAGUUUGCUCCUUGGCGUUGGAGCAAGUUGUGGUAAAGCCGGACGGAGACUGACGGUCGCCGCUGCAUCGGGUCGGCCGUGGCGAACAAGGGAUUGUGGGAUUCUGUCGUGGGGUUGGUUGCAACGUCGCUUGAGUAAACGUAUAUCGGACUGUUCGACUCUUUACAAAUAUAUUCACAUGUUAAGCGACUCCACUCGCGUCCCUUGGUUGCGUCGAAGCAGCUCUCUAUAAUUUAUGUAAAAUUAAGCACAUUGGCUGUCCAGUGCUACAUUGGGCUGGUUGCGUAUUUAAAACAAACGUUUAAUUCAGCUCGAUUCCUCAAGCUGCACUGUGUGCCGACUGGCUGCUUGUUCGAUGGGAGCCAUCGAUUGAAGGGCUAAGGGCAAUGUUUAUUUUUUUCAUUUAAAUGUUCGCUUUGAAGCGGGUACGAUGUUAACGCUGGAAUCAUGUAAUCGUCCUUUUCUCACUGGAAAAUUAUUUUGGAAGGCGCAGGUAAAUAUCUCCCGGGCCUACCCAUUAAUUUAAAAACUACGUGCGAUGGGGAUUUAUUUUGGGGGGUUUUUCCUCAACGAUUGUGCGACAAAAAGCCGACCGUUUGUUAUUUAAUGGUUUAGUGCAGCUACAAAGGCUUUCUCACGAGCAGCUUUUUUAAUUUAUCUCCACCAGCUGGUGUCCAUGAAUGCGCCCAGCCCACACCACCACUGGAGGAUCCAUGGCAAGGUAAUGCAUGGGGGCAGAUUCCAGAAUUGUCCCUUUGGCUUUGGCUCCAUUGAGGAUUAAUUUCCACAGUGAAACCAGUCGCCGAUUGGGAGGAGGUGGCCCUGAACCAGUUUUAAUCCGAUUUCGAUUGCCGGCGUGCACACACGGAAGAUGUUGGCAUAUGACAAGUGGAAUUCUGACAACAAGACAAUCUCGCAAGCACAAGCCCGGAUGGGACCCGGUCUCUGAAUGUUGUGGACUGUGGCUGAACUUGAAAAUCCCAAGGGAAAAGGCACGGUUUGUGAGACUCGUUCUCAGAGUGAAUCUGGGCUGAGCCCCAGGAAUGUGGUGCGGACUUGUCUCGGCGAGUUCCAUGCUAGUACAUUUGUAAAUGAUGUGAUUGCCACACUUUCUGCAUGAACGAACCUGUGUGUGCCAUGGAGGUUUGUGUAGGACUGUGUGCGCUCCCCAGGAGCCCUAAGCAUCUGAUGAACAAGCUGUGGGUUCUUUGGAGAUUCUUCGCUGAGUAUUGAGUAGGUCGGUGGUGUGGACUGCCCCGGAACCCAGCACAAGCCUUACCUUUGUUGGGAUGGAAGAUUUGUGUGAUCUGCUCGCCUUAACUGACAACACAGUAUCGCCAAUCGGAUUCAAUGAGAAGAACAAACAAGCGCUGUCAAGUUUAGUAUUUCGUUCAUUGAUCCAUUGGCUGUAUUUUAAUUAUUUUGCGCGCUGGACAUGGGACUUUUACGACGAAGUGCGAUGUUACAGGGUAGAGUGCAGCGUGUGAUGAUGGUUUUGAGCCGUGCACUAGUCUUGGAGCAGUGGAAGUGACUGGGGAUCGCCUGGCUCUCAUGGUACUGUGCCCGCACAAAGCGUUAAUCAUAAUCAUUACAGGGCGUUAAGUGUGUCUGUGGACGUCGUGCUAGCCCGAGAUCCCAGUCACCGCUUCGCUGCUACUACUGCUGCUGCUGGUGUGGUGUGCUGAUGUGCGUCGUUUUAUUUUUUUACCGCUCUUCCCGGCGAAGGAAAAGCUUCACCAAAACGCGAAGCGCGGCACGGCAGUGCUGGCGCGAGGCUAAAGAGGAAUGUAUUGAGCAGGGUGAGCACCGCCUGGACUCGCUCGCCACCACCGUUCGCGGGCGACUGCUCAGACGGCGCUCGUGCGUGAAAUCCGGGGUUUCGACGCGAGCGGCGUUGACUUGCCUCGUUAGGGCGUCGUGACCCCAAGGCUGGCUCGCCCUGCCCGGCAAAUCCGGCAAUCGGCGACCGUGUCUGUGCGUUUUGUUGCACUGCGCACGCAACGCGUGGAUAAUUCACUCCCAAAGCUUGUCGCGCAUCUUGCUGCCGAUGGGCCGGAGACGUUUCCCAACCAGGCGGCAGUUUCACCGCAUCGGUCUCUCAUCCCUUUAAUUUCCGCCCACUGUCCGCUCACCAUCCUUACGCCUACUCAUCCGUUGACCCACCUACCCACCCACACUCACCUGCCUGCCCAUCCACCACCUACCCACCCAGCGUUUGUGUUUUUUUUUUACUCCUCUCAAGUUGUUUGCGUGACAAUCACGAUAAAUGUGGGGGGGCGCACUUGAACCGCCGCUCGGUUUUGCCGUCGCCCGUGCCGGCAAAGCACCGUUGUUUGCCUCUCCACGGUGGCCUGUCGAGCUUUAUGCCUUCUGGUGGUACUGUUGUUGCUGUUCGUUCAUUUGUUUCGUCGUUUCGUCAAUUUGUUUCCUUCUCGUGUAAUGUUUUCUUCCAACUGCCUAUCUAUACGUGUGUAUGUACAUUGCUAACACGAGUUGUGGAUUUUAUUCAGCGUAGGGCUUUGAAACGUUUUGUAAUAAAAACAAACAAAAGAAAA